AAACCACAAAGCACCAAACAACAAUCACAAGUGAAAUAAUCACUCAUCAUUUCCUCUCUUUCUCUCUCUCUCUCUCCGACUUGCGACCCGAGCGAUUAAUGCUGCCAAGGGCUUCAAGAAUCGCCGGCGCCGCCGUUUUCCGGCGGUUCUCGACCGGUUUUACGACGGCGCCGGCGGAAGCAGAAGAAAUGUUCAAAGAAGCAUGGAAAAAAGUGGUACCCCACAUAAACCCACCAAAAACUCCUCUCUCUUUUAUCCAACAUCCUCCUCCGAUACCCACUUCGAUUCCUGCCAAACUCAUCCUCAAUCUCUAUCUUCCUUACUCCUCCCACCUUUCCAACAAACAGGUUGAUAUGGUCAUAAUGCCAGCAACAACUGGGGAUAUGGGUAUUUGUCCAGGGCAUACAGCAAUUAUGACAGAGCUGAAGCCCGGCAUUCUCUCUCUUCUAGAAGGGAACGAAACAACGAAGUAUUUUGUCAGUGGUGGCUUCGCCUUCAUCCAUCCGAAUUCUGUUGCAGACAUAAUCACACUCGAGGCUGUUCCUAUUGAUAGAAUUGACCCAAAUAUGGUUCAAAAGGGGAUUGCCGAGUUCUCACAGAAGUUGAGUUCAGCCACUACUGAUUAUGAAAAGACUGAAGCACAAAUCGGCAUAGAUGUUCAUACCGCCCUACAAUCUGCUCUCAUGGGCUAAUGCUGCAGCAAAAUACGGGUGAUCCUUUUUAUCAUGUCUUGCUCAAUGUCCCUUAGAAAGUAUAGUGGAAAUGAAGCACACUCUCCGCUCUCGUUUGCGAUAGGCUACAACAAUGGUGUAUUGUUCUUGUAAAAUUUGUUAUGCACUGUGUGGCAUUCAAAGCAGAUAGGUUAUUGUAAUGCUUACUUUCUUUUUAUAGUAACUAUCCCAAUUUCCAGUCA